AGUUCUAUAAUAUAUACUGAAAGUUCUGUUUGUUCAUAAUGAUUUAUUAAAGAUGGGAAAUUUUCCUAGUGCUAAUUAAUGGAAAGUAAAUAAAUAAAAAAGUGAAGUGAAAAACACAAUAUUCAGCCUAAAAAUGAAAUUAUUUAACAGUUUUACAUUGAAUUUAUUAGAAGCAAAGGAAUGUAUUGGGAAUUUAGCUGUGAUUACGACAAUACUGCAGUUUUUGUCCGGCGUCCUCGUAUGCAAGCAAUAUAUGACAAAUAAAACGACCGGGGAAGCUUCCGUGCUGCCAUUUCUUAGUUGCAUAUUAUCGUCUUUAUUCUGGUUAUUAUAUGGUCAUGUCAAACAUGAUGAAAAAAUAAUUCUGGUGAAUGUUAUAGGAAUAAUUCUUAUGAGUGCCUAUACAGGUGUUUUCUACGUUUACACAUUAAAAAAAACCAUUGUUGUAAAACAAUGUGUAGCAUCUUGCGUUAUUUUCAUAUGUAUUAUAUCAUAUAUUAGUGGAGAUAAGGAUCAUGAAACUUUUUUUAACCAUUUAGGUAUUCUUGCAACAAUUUUCACAUUAUUGAAUAUAGCAGCACCCAUGAGCAAACUGUUGUAUGUUAUAAGAGUGAAGAACACUGAAUGUCUUCCAUUUCCCAUAAUAUUGAUGACACUAGUUGUCACAACGCUCUGGGCCAUAUAUGGAGCUUUGAGUGAUGACUUCUUUUUGACGAUGGUCAACUUCACUGGUGCAGUGUUGGCGUUAGUUCAAUUGUCAUUAUUCCUCAUAUACCCGAGUAUACCUACCUUACCACUUCUACCCAAACAUAUUUGAACACUUAGGAAAACAACCUGCACUUAAAGAAAUACAUACGAUGCUGUCAUGCUUCAGAACUGGUAUGAUCUCGAUUUAAUUUUUGAAGUAAAACUGCAUUUACUUUUUUAAUAUGUAUUAGUUAAUUAUUUUGGCCGAUAUAUUGCCGUUUAAUUAAACAUUAAUUUUAAAAAAAGGUGCUACAAGUGAAAGUUUUAAUGGCUUACUUUCACAACUUAUUAAAUGAACAUCUUUAAAAAUUUGAAUUUGGUGUUUGACGGGUGUUUAAGCAUCUAAAGUUAUGUGACAUUGCUUGGGUAUAGUACAUAUUGCAUAAAAUCAAAUUUUAUUUAUUUCGACGUUCCUUCGAGACCAUGGACGUUGCAAUACGUCCGAAACGUCGAGGUAAAUAAAGUAUGUUUUGAUACACGAUUAAUCCCUUUGCCUAAAGAAAGGCAUUUCAAUGCCUUAGCUAGCUGUCAGCUUGACACAGGCUCUGGACAAGCAAUUAAUCAAUGAUCUUAUUCACACAAUGUUUGUAUAUAAAAAUAACGGGUAUGAUGAGUUCGUAUAGAUCUUUAAUAGUUAGAUUACUGUACAUAUGUUACAUUCUUGCAUAUGUAACUGACUUUAUG